AUGUUGAUGGAGAUGAACUCGGAGGAAUUAGGGUUUUUCGAUGAACAAGUCUUGUUGUGUGUGAAGGAGUUGGAGAGAGAAGGAAGAGUUGCGUCCUGGUGUUCCGACCGGAAAAAAAUCCGCCGUCGAAGAAAAGAUUCAGCUCGAACACAGCACCGCCACCACCUGGUUGAGUCUGUUUGGGAUGUGUCUUUGACUCUUUCAUAUCUCCUGAAGCAGCAAAUCAACUCAUUACCUGUUCUUUUAAUAAGAAAAAUGAGAGUGUGCCAGACAUGUGGAAGCAGAGGCGUCUCUGAAUUAUUAGUUCUGUGUUGCAGAUGCCGAACUAUCUCCGAGCACACUUAUUGCUUAAAUAAGUUGGCAGACACAGAUGAUGGUGAAGUUGAAUGGAGUUGUGAGUUUUGUGAACCAAGGGUCAUUGAACUGUCAGAUUCCACAAACAGUGUUUCAGAUUCAGAUAAGGAAACAAUUGAACCUUUCAUGGAGCUUCAGAAUGAUGCAGAGAAGAUAAUUUGUCCGUUGAUAUCUGAGAGGUUGAGAAAUGGUGAUGCUGGCCCAUCCAUUCAUGUGUUAGAAUCAUCCUGCAGAGGUAUGGAAACGACUCAAACAAGUAAUAGCCCGAAAACAACUAAUGUUAUUGGAGACCUGCAUUUACCCAACGAAGACUCUGAAGUGACAAGAGUUAAGGAAUCUAAAUCUGACUCUCCUGAAACAUCCUCUAGCAUCGAAGAUGAUUUUUGUAGCACUAUAGAGCCGCUACCUACUCCUGUCUGGACGGGGAGUUUUCAGAUAUAUGGAAAAAACUCUUGUACUGUCCCUGUAAUGAUGGCGCACGUAUCAAAUGAAGCAUGCAUAGAAGCUUCAGAGGUGGCAAGUUCUUUGCCUGUGAUCCUUAGCUUAGAGAUGGUUUCUAAAGUUAAUAUCUGGCCUAUGAAGUUCAAGAAAAUGAUGCCAACAGUUCAUAACAUCGCAGUGUACUUUUUCCCGGAUCACAGAGCUGAAAGAGUGUAUGACUGCCUAGUGGAAGACAUUAUUGACCAUGAAUUCGCCAUGAUUUCAAGGAUCAAUAAUGUUGAGCUCCUGAUCUUUUCAUCUUGUGAACUGCCACCAAACAACUGGAGAUUGAAACGGAAAUAUUAUCUGUGGGGCAUAAUUAGAAGAAAGAAGAAAACAUUGACUCAAAACCAGAGUGAUGACUGCGUUUACAACCUACAUGGAAGCAUGAACCAUACUUCACCUUCAAUUUUGUCAACUGAAAUGUGUGCUAAGGAAACCGAGUUGCACACGAAGAAGUUUCGUUUUUCUCCUCCAAACACUGGAGAUAAUUGACAAAUGCGAUGCAAUGAUUUUGUGCUAACAAGAAAGGCAUUAUGCUAAAAGCUAAGCCCUGCAUGCUCUGUUUUAGCUGGGAUAGUGCAUGCUAUCUGGUGUGCAAAAGGAAUAGAAGAGUCAUACCAUGGAAGCCAAAGUGCUGCAUCAUAUGCUGCUGUAAACUCAAAUAGAAGAAGCUACAACCAAAAAAAAUCAACAAGGGAUAUCUCUAAUUAUUUGCACCUGAUGUCAAUUAUUGUUGAGCAAAUUUGUUAGGUUAACUCGAUGUUUGUUUCAUUUCUUUUACUUUAGGGAGGGCAGGGGACUUUCAUAUUGUGAAUUGGGCUGAUAGUAUUUUAAAGGCCAGAUUGGUGCCUUUUGUAAAUAUCAGUAACUAGCAAACCUAAUAAGCUUUCUUCUAUUAAAACAA